UUCGGGCUGGCGGCGCUCGGAGCCCGCCCGGCCUUCCUGGGCACGGCGCUGCGCCCCGCGGGGCUCCGGCACUGCCUGCGCGGCUGCGGGGCGCGGGCGCUGCUGGUGGCGGACGACCUGUUCGGCUCGGUGGAGCCGCUCCUGCCCAGCCUGCGGGAGGACGGCGUGGCCGUGUGGGUGCUGGGAGCGGGGCCGUACCCGGCCGGUGUCGUGGCGCUGCAGGAGCUGCUGGACGCGGCCUCCGAGGAGCUGGAGCCCGAGGACGUUUGGGAGCCCGAGGACAUGAACGACACCUGCCUCUACAUCUUCACCUCGGGGCACCACCGGUGCGGCCUCCCCAAAGCCGCCCGCGUGUCCCACCUCAAGUCGGUCAUGUGCCUGAGCUUCUACGAGCUGGUGGGAGCCUCCAGCAGGGACGUCGUGUACCUGGCGCUGCCCCUCUACCACAUGGCCGGGUCCCUGCUGGGCAUCGUCGGCUGCCUCGGCAUCGGAGCCACGUGUGUGCUGAAGGAGAAGUUCUCGGCCAGCCAGUUCUGGGAGGAUUGCCGCGCCGAGGGCGUCACGGUGUUCCAGUACAUCGGGGAGCUCUGCCGCUACCUGGUGAACCAGCCGCAGCGCCCCGGCGAGCGGAGCACGGGGCUGAGGCUGGCCGUGGGCAGCGGGCUCCGGCCCGACGUGUGGCGGAGCUUCCAGCGGCGCUUCGGGCCCCUGCGCAUCGUGGAGACGUACGGAAUGAGCGAGGGCAACGUGUCCCUGUUCAACUACACCGGCACCCCCGGCGCCGUGGGCCGCUGCAGCUUCAUCUACAAGCUCUUCUCCCCGUUCGAGGUCGUUCGCUUCGAUGUCGCGGCCGGAGCUCCGGAGCGGGACGGGAACGGGCGCUGCAUCCGCGCCCGCCCGGGUGAGACGGGGCUGCUGAUCGCGCCGGUGACGCGGCGCUCGCCCUUCCUGGGCUACGCGGGCACGGAGCUGUCGGAGCAGAAGCUGCUCCGCGGCGUCUUCAGCGACGGCGACGAAUUCUUCAACACCGGCGACCUGGUGGAGCAGGACGAGGAGCAGUUCGUGCGCUUCCGGGACCGCACCGGGGACACCUUCAGGUGGAAAGGUGAGAACGUGGCCACCACCGAGGUGGCCGAGGCGCUGCUGGCCCACGAGUCGCUGCUGGACGCCACCGUGUACGGUGUCACCGUGCCAGGACACGAGGGCCGGGCCGGGAUGGCCGCGCUGGUUCUGCGGCCCGGGCGCUCCCUGGACGGGCCCGGGCUGUACCGGCCUGAGCGGCUCCUGCCGCCCUACCGCGCCCGGCCGCGCUUCCUGCGCCUGCGGGAGCGGCUGGAGAUGACCGAGACCUUCAAGCAGCAGAAGGUGCGGCUGGCGCGGGACGGCUGGGACCCCGCGCUGGUGGCGGAGCCGCUCUUCGUGCUGGACGAGGCCGCCCGAGCCUUCGUCCCGCUGGACCCCGAGCGCUGGCAGCGCCUCCGCGACGGCCGCAUCCGCAUCUGAGCCCGCCCGGCCCGCAAGCGGCGGCCGCGGGGGGGCGCGUGUCCCUCCCGGGGGUCCCCGUGUCCCUCCCGGGGGUCCCCGUGUCUGUUCUGUCUGUCCCGGGGGUCCCCGUGUCCCUCCCGGGGGUCCCCCGUGUCCAUCCCGGGGGUCCCCGUGUCCCUCCCGGGGGUCCUCGUGUCCGUCCUGGGGGUCUCAUGUCCAUUUUUGGGGUUCCUGUGCCCAUUCUGGGAUUCCCCGUGUCCGUCCUGGAGGUCCCCGCGUCCCUCCCGCGGUCCCGUGUCCAUCCUGGGGGUCUCAUGUCCAUUUUGGGGGUCCCUAUGUCCAUUUUUGGGGUCUCCAUGUCCAUUCCCGCCGGUCCCCGAGUCCAUUUUGGGGGUCCCCAGUGUGUCCUGGGGGGUCCCCCCCUGUCCCUUCUGCCAUCCCCGAGCGCCCCGUGUUCAUCCCGGGGGUCCCAAAUCCAUCCCUGGGGUCCCCAAAUCCACUCCCGAGGGUCCCCAAAUCCAUCCCAGGGGUCCCCAAAUCCACCCUGGGGGUCCCCAAAUCCAUCCCGGGGGUCCCCAAAUCCAUCUGGGGGUCCCCAAAUCAAUCCCAGGGGUCCCCAAAUCCAUCUUGGGGGUCCCCAAAUCCAUCCCGGGGGUCCCCAAAUCCACCCCGGGGGUCCCCAAAUCCAUCUCGGGGGUCCCCAAAUCCACCCCGGGGGUCCCCAAAUCCAUCUCGGGGGUCCCCAAAUCCACCCUGGGGGUCCCCAAAUCCAUCCUGGGGGGUCCCCAAAUCCAUCC